AUGGAUGAAGGGCUCGCCAGGUGCGAGGGUUGUGUCCGCUACCAUGGUUCAUCCGUUUCGACCGGGUGUCUGGGCUUGGCUAUAUCAGCAAACUCUUGCGUUGCAGCCGGCACUUACGUGCAUCGCAUGCGGUGCAUUUCUGGAGCGUGCUCCUUUCCUUCUCCCUUAUUCAUCAUCCCCCCCUCCCCAACCCAGACCCAGACCCAGACCCAGACCCAGACCCAACCCCAGGUGACCUAUUUCCCCGCCCCCACCCCCACCCCCAUCUUCCGUAGCCCCCCACCAAACCCGCCAACCCUCUAUGCCCCCAAACUCAAACCCAACCCCGACGCCGGCCUCCUCUCCUCCAACUCCACCUCCACCAUCACCACAUCAUCACUACUGCUCCCCUUGAGCGACAUCCCCCCGACCAUGCGAUGCUCGUCGCUGUUCCUGCCCGCCCGCGGCCCCAGCCCCAGCCCCGAGAUGCUAGCAGUAGCCGGCUGGUGCCGUGACAAGGAGUGGCGCCAGGAACGUAGCGAUGGUGGUGGUGGUGGUGGUGGUGCCAAAGAGGCGCGGGAAGAGGCGGGUCAUGGGGUGCUUGAGGAUGGGAAGGCAGGCGCUGAUGAUGCCGAGGUUGGCUUCGAGGAGGGUCCAUACGACGCGGUCGACGAAAUGGCGGCCAUGACAAAGACUCCGCAGAGCAGCAAACGAUCGCGUAAACUCAGGUGUAGUUUCAGGAUGGGCCAAACCGGCAACACCAGCACCAAGACGUCGGUUGUGAUGUUCAAGACAGCAUACGCAAUCCAGGACUUCUCCGAGUCGAUGCAAGUUGCGCCCGAGUCCCGCACCCAUGCCCCUUGGAUCGGGGCACACUCAAAGAUGGUGGCGGCGAUGCUGCCGAUGCUGUACCCGACGAUGACGGACAAGAGAGUGAAGGCGGCAGAACGGAAAUUCUUGGACACAAAUAUGCGCAGGCACAGUAAGAUGACCGAGACCUUGUUGAGGCAUACCGUCACCUUGUACGGCGUGAGGGCGAUAAAGUACCACUUCAGGGCACCCUCUACUUCUGCCCGGGCCGGCAACCAGGAUGGUGACCAGCGAGGUGAUGUACAGCUUCCAGCCUUGAUCUUCGGACCCACCGUUGGAGAAGGCGACUCCACGGUCGCGCAUCCUAGGCUGUGGGAAUGCGGACUAUCCCUUCGUGUCCUGGGGCUUCCAGGCUUGAGAAGGGUACACGACCUGCAAAGUCAGAUAGGGUUGAGUCGUGCACCCCCGGGGCCAUGGGAUGGGGUUCGACGUGACAUGUCACUGAAAAGAAGGCAGGGGCAGUAA